UGCUGAGAAACAAUCCCUGUAGAGAAUAAGAUAGAGCGGAAAAAAACUAGUUUUUGUUGCAUAAUUUUCAGCGCCGAAAGAUCGUUAUAGACAACACGAAGUGUACGAAACGAGACGUUACGAUCGAGUCUUCGACUCCAAGAACGGCGCUUGGCGUGGCUCAGGCAGAGUGUCCGUGUGAAGAUGGGCCUCCAUCCGAGCCCCUGCCCCUAACGAAGAGUGGACGUGGGGAAAAUCACCGAGGCUUCCCCUGCAAACAUAUACCCGUAGAACUUGGAUUCGACGGCUUUCACAUCUUGCACAAAUUGUGGACGUUGCCAUAUAAUUUGCUGACCGGAGUUAUCUGCGCGACGGCAUCUGUCAUUGUUAGGAGACGCAGCAGUUCCCCAGCUCGUGCUUUGGAGAAGUCACUCGCGCCAAGCACCCCAAUGAAAAUGGACUCGGACCUGCUCCACUCACCGGUAGUGGGCCUUGCCGACGAGGAGGAGGUUGACAUGAGUGACUGGAACCUUCCGCUGGCCUUCAUGAAGAAGCGCCACUCCGAGAAGAUCGAAGGCUCCAAAGCCCUGGCGCAGAGCUGGAGGAUGAAGGACAGGAUGAAGACAGUCAGCGUUGCCCUGGUGUUGUGCCUCAACGUGGGAGUUGAUCCACCAGAUGUGGUCAAGACCUCUCCUUGUGCCAGGCUGGAGUGCUGGAUUGAUCCUCUGUCCAUGAGUCCACAGAAGGCACUGGAGACCAUAGGGGCCAACCUGCAGAAACAGUAUGAAAACUGGCAGCCCAGGGCCCGGUAUAAGCAGAGUCUGGACCCCACUGUGGAUGAGGUGAAGAAACUGUGUACAUCAUUACGGCGUAAUGCCAAGGAAGAACGAGUUCUGUUCCACUACAAUGGCCACGGAGUACCGCGACCGACUGUAAACGGAGAGAUCUGGGUUUUCAACAAGAACUACACCCAGUACAUCCCCUUGUCCAUCUAUGACUUACAGACCUGGAUGGGCAGCCCCUCCAUCUUCGUGUAUGACUGCUCUAACGCAGGCAUUAUCGUUAAGUCCUUCAAACAGUUUGCUCUGCAGAGGGAGCAGGAACUAGAGGUUGCUGCCAUUAACCCAAACCACCCCCUGGCCCAGAUGCCUCUGCCUCCCUCUAUGAAGAACUGCAUCCAACUAGCAGCUUGUGAAGCAAGUGAACUCCUACCAAUGAACCCUGACCUCCCAGCUGACCUCUUCACAUCUUGCCUCACCACGCCAAUCAAGAUAGCCCUUCGUUGGUUCUGUAUGCAGAAGAGCGCCAAACUGGUACCAGGAGUGACAUUGGACUUGAUUGAAAAGAUCCCUGGGCGACUCAACGACAGACGCACGCCACUGGGGGAGCUGAACUGGAUUUUCACGGCCAUUACUGAUACCAUUGCAUGGAAUGUCUUGCCUAGAGAUCUCUUUCAGAAGCUAUUCCGCCAGGACUUAUUGGUGGCCAGCUUGUUUCGCAAUUUCCUAUUGGCUGAGAGGAUAAUGAGGUCAUACAACUGCACACCCGUGAGCAGUCCUCGACUACCGCCCACGUAUAUGCACGCAAUGUGGCAGGCGUGGGACCUGGCUGUGGAUAUCUGCCUCUCUCAGCUUCCUACCAUCAUAGAGGAGGGCACAGCCUUCAGACAUAGUCCAUUCUUUGCAGAACAGCUUACAGCCUUCCAGGUGUGGUUGACCAUGGGCGUGGAGAACAGGAACCCUCCCGAACAGUUGCCAAUUGUCCUUCAGGUCCUCCUGAGCCAGGUGCACAGGCUGAGGGCGCUGGACCUGCUGGGCCGUUUCCUCGACCUGGGCCCUUGGGCUGUCAGUCUGGCUCUUUCAGUGGGUAUAUUCCCGUACGUGUUGAAGCUGUUGCAGAGUUCUGCUCGAGAGCUGCGGCCUCUCCUGGUUUUCAUCUGGGCCAAGAUCCUGGCUGUAGACAGCUCAUGCCAAGCAGAUCUGGUAAAGGACAACGGUCACAAAUAUUUUCUAUCUGUUCUGGCCGACCCCUACAUGCCUGCAGAGCAUCGGACCAUGGCUUGCUUCAUCCUAGCUGUGAUUGUCAACAACUACAACACAGGACAGGAGGCAUGUCUACAGGGAAAUCUGAUUGCGAUCUGUCUGGAGCAGCUGAACGAUCCUCAUCCUCUCCUGAGACAGUGGGUAGCGAUAUGCCUGGGCCGAAUCUGGCAGAACUUUGACUCGGCCCGCUGGUGCGGAGUCCGAGACAGCGCCCACGAGAAACUCUACAGCCUCCUGUCCGACCCCAUCCCCGAGGUUCGCUGUGCGGCAGUCUUUGCCUUGGGUACGUUUGUGGGGAACUCUGCUGAACAUACCGACCACUCAACCACCAUCGAUCACAACGUGGCCAUGAUGCUCGCCCAGCUCAUCAAUGACGGCAGCCCUGUGGUCAGGAAGGAGCUGGUGGUGGCAUUAAGUCAUCUGGUGGUGCAGUAUGAGAGCAACUUCUGUACCGUGGCACUGCAGUUCAUGGAGGAGGAGAAAAACUAUGCUGUCCCCUCACCUGCCAACACAACAGAACCAGGUAAUCUGACCCCGGGGAAGGACAGCCCAGCCAUCCCACGCCUGCGCUCCGUCAACUCCUACACCAACAUCCGCGCUGCCACCACCGCACGCAACCUCAACAAGAGCCUCCAGAAUCUCAACCUCAACGAGGAAGGCGGCCCGGCGGCUUUCUCCCCCGGUAACCUGAGCACCAGCAGCAGCGCUAGUAGUACCCUGGGCAGCCCCGACAACGACGAGUACAUCUUGUCCUUUGAGACUAUUGACAAAAUGAGGAGAGUCAGUUCCUAUUCCUCCCUCAACUCUCUCAUCGGUGUGUCCUUCAACAGCGUGUACACACAGAUCUGGAGAGUGCUGUUACACUUGGCGGCAGAUCCUUUUCCGGAAGUUUCUGAUUUGGCCAUGAAGGUCCUCAACAGCAUUGCGUAUAAGGCGACUAUGAAUGCACGGCCGCAGAGGAUUCUGGACUCCGGUUCUCUCACCCAGUCAGCACCAGCAAGUCCUACCAGCAAAGGCACACACAUUCACCAAGCUGGUGGCUCCCCCCCAAUGCCAAGCGGCAGCAGCUCUAGCCUCACCAACGAGGUGCCCAAACCCCCCGCCCGCGACAUGCCCCCCUCCCGCCCACCCUACACGCCCACUCUGGGUGGGCAGGCACCCCACUCCCACCAGUUCCCACGCACGCGCAAGAUGUUCGACAAAGGACCCGACCAGACGACUGAAGAUGGGGACGAAACAGGUGGUCACAGGAAUUUCAUCAGUGCGACCAUGCAGACAGGUCUGUGCGACUGGAGCGCCAAGUAUUUCGCACAGCCUGUGAUGAAGAUUCCAGAGGAGCAUGAUAUGGAGAGUCAGGUUCGUAAGGAAAGAGAGUGGAGGUUCCUAAGAAACGCCCGUGUCCGCAGACAAAGUCAGCGCAUCAUUCAGAGAGGAGUGUCCCGAUUGGACGACCAGAUCUUCAUUAAUAGGAAUCCCGGUGUGCCUUCCGUGGUCAAGUUCCACCCAUUUAACCCUUGUAUCGCAGUAGCCGAUAAAGACAGCAUCUGUUUUUGGGACUGGGAAAAGGGUGAGAGAUUGGACUAUUUUUACAACGGAAACCCACGCUACACACGAAUCACAGCUAUGGAGUACCUGAACGGACAUGACUGCUCACUUCUGCUCACUGCUACUGAUGAUGGAGCUCUGAGAAUCUGGAAGAACUUUGCGGACCAGAGGAACCCUGAGAUGGUGACAGCGUGGCAGGGUCUGUCUGAUAUGCUUCCCACCACACGAGGUUUAGCCCGACGGGUUUCAAUCUAUCUUGACAGGAGUAAGCAGGGAGGUGCCGGCAUGGUGGUGGACUGGGAGCAGGAGACCGGACUCCUCAUGACGUCCGGAGACGUCCGCGUCAUCCGCAUCUGGGACACGGAGAGGGAGAUGAAGGCUCAGGACAUCCUGACAGGCGCAGACAGCUGUGUGACAAGCCUGUCAUGUGAUCCUCAACGUUCUCUCAUAGUCGCCGGUUUGGGUGACGGUUCCGUACGAGUAUACGAUCGCAGACUGGGACCCAACGAGUGUCGUGUGAUGACUUAUCGGGAACAUGGAGCCUGGGUUGUCAAAGCACAUCUACAGAAGGAGGCUGACGGCCAGAUCAUCAGUGUUAGCGUAAACGGAGACGUGCGGUUCUUCGAGCCACGGACAGCGGAGUCGGUGAAUGUCCUGCAGACGGUAAAGGGGCUGACAGCGUUAGACAUCCACCCACAAGCUAACCUCUUUGCCUGUGGCUCCAUGAACCAGUUCAUUGCUGUGUAUAACUCCAAUGGAGACGUCAUCAACAAUAUUAAGUACUAUGAUGGUUUCAUGGGACAGAGGAUUGGGGCCAUCAGCUGCCUAGCCUUCCACCCCUACUGGCCUCACUUGGCGGUGGGAAGCAACGACUACUACAUGUCCAUUUACUCAGCUGAGAAGAGACUCAGAUAACACCCCCAGAACCCUAAAGCCCUGCUCCAUGACCCCUCACCCCAAGGGUCAAGGGCUUAAAAUGACUUUUAUGUACAUAUGCAAUUACCACCAUGAAUGUCUAGUGACGGCCACUGAUACUCUAUGUGAUGACUAUGUUGUUAUCGUCAUUCUACUUCUUAUUUUGGAGCUAUUGAUUGUAGACUUCGCUGUGCUGAGGAGUGUGUAUAUUUAAAAUGCAUUAUAUAAAGAUAAAAAAAAAAAGUCAAAAGUUAUAUUCUAAGGUGCAGUCCACAGAUGGCCACUCAAGCCUGUGUGUGUGUGUGUGUGUUUGAGAAUGCCUCUGUGAACUGGAAGAUUCCUACAGGGUCUUGAAGGAUUACUUAAACGCACCGAAAAUAUUUAAAAGGAAAAAAAAAAAAAGAGAGAACUUUCUGACACUCAACUCCAGAACCUCGGUUUGCCUAUGGAGGUGCCUGAUCCUAAACGGACGGUGGGUCAGGCGUGGCGGUCCCCUGUUGGACUGCCUGCAUGACCUGGCCCUCUCUCGCUGCUGUGUAGAAUGCAUUUGGAAGUUGUUUUUUUU